ACAGUUCCCUAAAGAGAGAGACAGAGAGAGAGAGAAUGGGAAAAGGCUUAGAGAUGUGUCCGUAGUACAAGACUGAAAUAAUAAUAAUAAUAAUAAUAAUAAUAAUAAUAUUAAUUGGGAAAAACAACAGUCUGUGGCGAAACGUUUGGAUAUUUACUUGAUUUCAUCUGGAAGUAGUGUGGCUUGUUCUCAAUAGGAGCCAAGAGGAUUCUUCCUUCUAUUCACCUUUAGGGACUCUCUGAACCUCACCGGAUUUCAACCUGAACACAGAGAGAGCAUCUUAAGCCAAAGAUGGAGCAGGUAUCGGACGAUGAGCUGGACCAUGCUGCGGAGGAGGACAGCGAUAAGGAGGAUCAGGACCUGGACAAGAUGUUUGGAGCCUGGCUAGGAGAGCUGGACAAACUCACACAGAGCUUGGAUGAUGGACGUCAACCAGGAAAAGUUCAGAAAGCUCCUCUCAGAGAAGAGACCAACCUGGCCAACUUCUCCUACCGAUUCUCCAUGUACAACAUCAACGAAGCCAUAAACCAGGGUGAGCCGGUGGACCUGGACGCCCUCAUGGCCGACUUGUGCUCCAUCGAACAGGAGCUCAGCACCAUCGGCAAGCCUUCCUCCUCCUCCUCCUCUUCCUCCUCGUCUUUCUCUUCCUCCUCUUCCUCGAAGUCUCGCCAGCGGGCUACACAAGGGCGUUCGGCCAGCACCCGUCAUGCCGGAGGGAGCAGUGGGGGGAGCGCGUGCAGCAGCAGCCACGCCUCACCAGCAGGUACAGUACGAGUGGGAGGCGGCCAGAGCCGACCGAUGGCCUCCAACUUCUCUCUGGACGACAUCACGGCCCAGCUGGAGCGGGCAUCGCGGAGCAUGGACGAAGCCGCUCGUCAGACCUCGGAGUCUUCCGUGAGCAACUCUCAGCUCAGGCGCGCGGGCUCGGUGGGCGGGGCCAGCGACCAGGAGGCGCGCUCUGUCAGCCGCUCAUCUCACUCCAGCGUCACCUCCGUCUCCGCCUCCAGCAUGGACUCGCUGGACAUAAGGGGGCAGGAGAGUGAGGCGCAGAACCAAACGAGCACAGAGCAUGCCUCACUGAGAAGAGUCAAUGGUAACGCUGCCAGACGGCACCUAGACUUCUCCUCCCGCGAGGGGGAAGUGGAUCAGUGCACUCACUCCUACCUGGACAGGGAGACCUCUCUGAUUCUCAAAAGCAUUGCAGGAAAGCCCUCUCACCUGCUGACCAAGGAGGAGCAGGCUGCCAAAGCAAAGGCGGAAAAAAUUCGUGUGGCUCUGGAGAAAAUUAAGGAAGCACAGGUCAAAAAGCUGGUGAUCCGUGUGCACAUGUCAGACGAGAGCUCGAAGACGAUGAUGGUGGAUGAGCGGCAGAGCGUGAGGCAGGUGCUGGACAGCCUGCUGGAUAAGUCCCACUGCGGAUACAGUCCCGACUGGGCUCUGGUGGAGACCAUUACCGAACUACAGAUGGAGCGUAUAUUUGAGGACCACGAGAACCUGGUGGAGAACCUGCUUAACUGGACCAGAGACAGCCAGAACAAGCUCAUGUUCAUCGAGCGUAUUGAGAAGUACGCACUCUUCAAGAACCCGCAGAACUACCUACUGGGAAGAAAAGAGACAUCGGAGAUGGCUGAUAGAAACAAGGAGGCACUGCUGGAGGAAUGUUUCUGUGGUGGCUCGGUAUCAGUGCCCGAGAUCGAAGGAGUGCUCUGGCUGAAGGAUGAUGGGAAAAAGUCCUGGAAGAAGCGCUACUUCUUACUACGCGCGUCUGGGAUUUACUUUGUGCCUAAGGGCAAAGCCAAGGCCUCUAAAGACUUGGUGUGCUUCCUGCAACUGGAUCAUGUGAAUGUUUAUUAUGGACAAGACUACCGGAGCAAGUAUAAAGCCCCUACUGACUACUGCCUCGCCCUUAAGCAUCCUCAGAUUCAGAAGAAGUCGCAAUACAUCAAGUAUCUGUGCUGCGAUGAUAUCAGAACCCUGCACCAGUGGGUCAACGGGAUCCGCAUUGCUAAGUACGGGAAACAGCUGUACCUGAACUAUCAGGAAGCUAUGAAGCGCACCGAGGCCGCCUACGACUGGUCUUCUCUAUCCAGCUCCAGCAUCAAGUCUGGCACCAGCUCAGUCAGCAACCCUGAGUCGCAGUCCAACCACUCCAGUCAGACGGACAGCGGGGUGUCAGAUGGCACCUCGUCCACGCAUGCCCGCUCACAGAGCGUGGUCAGCUCCAUCUUCUCUGAAGCCUGGAAGAGAGGCACGCAGAUGGAGGAGAGUACCAGGACAAGACCAGAGUCAACACGCUCAAGCCACUCUAUCCACAGUGUCCAUAGUGGCCACUCCAGCCAUGCUCACUUCAACACUCUCCAUUUGGCACAGCAGCAGCAGCAUACAUCUGCCUCAGUACAUUUACAGCAGCAAGUGCAGCCUCAGUCAAAUUCAGUGCCACACCCACAUGCACAGUCAGCCUCACAUCCUUGUGGUAGCAUGACUCAAGCAUCAGUUCAGGCUCCUACCCAGCCUGCUCCAGUUCAACCCCUGCCAUCUCCAGCUCCUCCUCAGCCCGCUCCGGCUCCACCCAAGCUCUCUCCAGUGGUACCCCAGCCCUCUCCAGUUCUGUCCCAGCAAUGUCCUUCUCCAUCCAAGCUUUCUCCAGUUUUGCCCCUGCCCUCUCCAGUUCUGCCCCAAACCUUGCCAGCUCCUCAACCACCACCACCGCCACCACCUCCACCACCCCCUCCUCCUGUCUGUUUCCAUCAUUACUCAGGUCCUCAUAUAUUUGCCAAAUAUAGCACCAUCAACCGCCUGAAGAAUGCCUCUCAGGCUUCUAAGCCACACCCCCAAGCACAGCAGGUGCUUCCAGUACCAUCCUCUCAGCCUUUGAAGCCUCUCAUGAACAAUAUUCCACCAGGAGCAAAUGUCCCACCCCCACCACCUCCUCCUCCACCAGCACCCAUGCCUGCUCCAGGUUCAGCCAUGGCUGUCUUGAAACUUGGCCCCCCAAGCCCAGCCACUGUGUCUCUGUUCUCCCCACCACCCCCACCAUCCCCACCACUGCCAUCUCCACCUCCAGCAUCCAUCAAAUCCCAACCUCUUCCACCUCCACCUCCAAUAAUGACCCAGUCCCAACCUCUACCACCACCUCCACCUCAAGUAUCCAUCCAGUCUCACCCUCUUCCCCCACCUCCACCUCCAGCACCUACGCAGGCUCACUCUUUUCCUCCACCUCCAGCACCUACGCAGGCUCACUCUUUUCCUCCACCUCCACCUCCAGCACCUACGCAGGCCCACUCUUUUCCUCCACCUCCACCUCCAGCACCUACGCAGGCCCACUCUUUUCCUCCACCUCCACCUCCAGCACCUGUCCAAUCCCACUUUUUCCCGCCACCUCCACCUCCAGCAACUAUCCAGUCUCAUGCUUUCCCCCCACCUCCAGCAUCUAUCCAGUGUCAACCUUUACCACCACCACCACCUCCAGCACCUAUUCAAUCCCACCCUCUUCCUCCACCUCCAGUAUCUAUCCAGUCCAAGCUUUUUCCUCCACCUCCACCACCAGCCCCCUUGCAGUCUGAGGGUUUUCCACCUCCUCCACCUCCACUGCAAGCCAACAGCCUGCCUCCGCCACCCCCACUUCAACCAGCCCCACAUCCAUUAACAUCUAAUGGACUCAAACACGUUCUGGCCCAGAGGUUCCCUAGCAUACCCAAGGAUGUGUCUCCACCAGGCAGUCAAACUCAGUCACCGCCACCCCCUCCACCUCCUCCACCACCACCACCCCCCACUCCUCCUGCCCCUCCUCUCCCACCUCAGCAGCCUUUUGCUCCAGCGCCACCUCCCCCUCCACCACCUCCACCUCCCCCACCAUCUGCCCCAGGGCCACCUCGGGCAUUGCCCAAAACUUUCUUUGGAGGAUUUCCACCUCAAACUGCACCAAAACCAUCAGGCGUCUCCAUGCAGGUGUCUCCAGUUGCUCCUCUUCUUCCAGGUCCUCCAACACCUCCUCCUCCACCACCACCUCCACCUCCUCCUGCACCAGUUAAAACCCAUCCACCAGCUACACUACCCAAGCAGCAGAGCAUCACCAAGACGAUGCCUCCUUUAAACCAGACCUCCACUACAUCAUCUUUGGUCAAACAGAUUGCCAGCCAGUUUCCGGGUGCUGUUCCCAUAGUGGCCAACCAUGUAGAGGGUCACAAACCCCUGCUAUCCGCACCUGCAGUUAAGACUAAACCAAAAUGGCAACCUGGAGGACAAGUUCAGCAACAGCAGCGUUCACCUGAGUUUCCACCACCACCUCCAGAUACUACACUCACUUUCCCACCACCACCAGCCCCAUGUCCACCUCCUCCACCUCCCCCAGGUCCAGCACCUCCACCUCCACCUCCACUGCCCCCUGCACAGUUAAGUUCCCCAGUGAAGGCUUCCUCUGGAUCCUAUGGUGGGAUCAAAAAGCCUCCGCCAACCCCUCUACGCAACUCCAGUGUCAAGUUCAACUCUUCAGAUGAAUACCAGGAGUCCCGUCGAAAUCUAGUGAGCAAGUUCAGCCCCAGCUCAGUGUCUGCUGGUCCAGUAUCUUCUGGGUCUCCUUCCAAGGACUCUUAUGCUGGACCACCUGCACCACCUAAACCUGGCAAGCUGAACUUUGCCAACCUACCACUGGCUUUGCAGAACAGAGUAAGUCAAAAUCAGCAGACCAACACACAUUUUUCCUCUCAUGCCCCAACUGAGAAUAACAGUUUUCCUCCUCCCCCUCCUCCUCCUCCUCCUCCUCCUCCACCUCCAAACAUAUCUAAUCUCCCACCUCCACCACCACUACCAGGCACCCCAAAAGUAGCUGUGGUGAACCCCCAGCCCCAGCCUGCUUGGAGCAAGAAUUCCCUGAAGAAGACGGCACCUGCUACAUCUAUACGGCGCAACAAUACUCCUGAGCCUCCACCCCCACCUCUGCAGGGAGGGCCAGCACCUCCGACUUCCCCAAAGGGAAGUUCUCAGCCAAACUUUCUAGAGGACUUGCACCGGACACUGAAGCGCAAAUCUUUGCGAAACUCUGCAGCCAAGGUGGACCCUGUGGCCACCAUGGAUGACAUGGUAUUGCCUCCACCUCCUCCAGAGCUUCUUGACCAGCAGAGACUUAGUGGGAGUGGGUAUAUGUCCAACAACAUCUCUGGCUAUGCAACAAUAAGGCGAGGCCCACCUCCUGCCCCACCUAAACGGGACAACAGCACCAAACUGACAAACUGAGAGUACUGGAAUACCCUUGGAUGUUCCUUAUUGAUCCUUCACACAGGGAAGUGGAUAAAUAGCAAUCAGUGUAACUGGCUUUUAAACAAACUUUGACUGUGGAUGAGGGAGCAAAAUUACUCUCAGCUUUAAUAUGCAUCGGUGCACUCUGGAUCACAUUCAGUUUCAAACUAUGACAUGAAGGAAAUCUCUGCAACCUACUGGUACUGCAUGGACAUAAGGGCAAAAUAAUAUCAAGAAUACAAAAGCUGGUUUGUUUUGGGGUAGUUGAAUGUCAGGAAUUAUAGGGAAAUCACAGGAAGGAUGAAUUUUGCCUUUGUUUUUUAUAUGCAUUUAUUUAAAUAUAUGAAGACAUGUUUUUUAUUUUAGGAUGAAGUUGUUAAGGGUUGACCAUGAUCGUUUGAGAAAGUAGUAAAUGUUGUGUUUUUGUACCGAGAAUCUUUUGCCGGCGAAUAUACUGGUGAAUGUGCUUAGCAUUCUUUAGGGGUGCUUGGGAAUUUUCAAGGAUGUUUGUGGAACCUCUUAAAGUGAUAUGAAGUAGCAAACCGAAAACAGUGCAAAAAACAAAAUAAUGAAAAAAAUAAAUGGGAAAUAUUUAAUAAGGGACAAUUCAUCAAAAUAAUCCUGUCAUAUAAAUGAAGUGAAAUGAAGAACUUUUCUGAAUUAUCUACACAAUUCACAGAAAUUCAGUAUUUUACUGUACAGUAUCGCCUGCUUUCAUCGUCUGUUUCUGGUCACACACCGUCUUAUGCCAAGAAUUCAGGCAUCCUGGUAACAGUUGUUCAUAAUACCAUGGACUUGAUGUGUCGUUCAUGUCCUGCAACUUGGGAACAGUGUCCUCCUACCUGAAGGCUACUUACGGUCUCCUUCUUUAGCAGGGAGCGGUCAAUGAACAGUCCUUCUUGUACAGGCAUGUCAGAAUCGUUUUAAUGUUUUGGUUCAAUUACCAGUGGGAUUUUUUUUUUUCAACAUCCCAGCUGAAAUAACGAUGCUCAGAGCUGGCUAACAACAUAAAAUCAGACAAACACGCUAGCUCUAACUGAGCAGCAGAAUGCGAAAUGACCAUGCCGUAUAUGUAUAAACAUGUGUAUUACCUUACAGAACCAUGUAUUCCACUUGGAAAGGACAUCUGUGUUUUUGAAGACUGAAUAUUCAACAAUAUCAUGUUUCUUUUUAAGUUUUUUUUGAUGAUGUAAACAUUAAAUUAUUAAAGUUAAUUAUCCAGUCUUAAACAAUGGGAGCACUAUAAAUUCUUGUCUUUAAUGGCAGUAAUUUGUGAACAUUGAAGUCAUCAUCUUGGAUCUCAUUUAGCACCUCUAGAACUUUAUAGCACCUACACAAAAUCAGUCUUAAAAAUCUCCAGAGCCUGUAUUUAUAUUUUCCUCAUUUUUUACUGUUUUAAAAAAAAGAUGGCUGUGGUUAUUCCAGAUGGUUGCUCAUAUAAUCUUCACGAACGGUGAUGUCGCCACGGCGUCCAGGAUCAGAGCUUGGAAUCACAGUCGGAGGUACAGUGUCUGUAAUAUAGGUUAAGGUUUAUUAUACCAAACGUUUAUUAACAUGAAUGUACUGUCUCUAUAUUCUAGAGAUCUUGUUCUGGUUAAUGAUGGUUAUCAACACUAGAGCAUGCUGUGUCAAACACACUCAGGGGAAGAAUGUUUAUGAAUUUUCGUACCUCUACGUCCAAGGCGAUUUGGAUCAUAGUGCCAUCCGGUCCACACCUGAAACCACGAAUUCGUCCAGUUUAUUUUUAGUUGAAUUUUAGACCUCAGUGUUUGGUAUUAGGGCUUCAACGUGCUUAUACAUAGAUCUCUUGUAUAUAGUAUAUUAUACACCGAUCAAGCAUAACAUUGUGAAGUGAAUAACACUGAAGAUCUCCUCAUCAUGGCCCCUGUUAGUGGGUGGGAUAUAUUAGGCAGCAAGUGAACAUUUUGUUCUCAAAGUUGAUGUGUUAGAAGCAGGAAAAAAGCGUAAGGAUUUGAGGGAGUUUGACAAGGACCAAAUUGUGAUGGCUAGACCACUGGAUCAGAGCAU